AUGAAAAAGUAUUUGGCGAAGAUAGGUGGAGAUAUUAAGAAAUAUUCUAAGGUCCCUUAUGAGGUAGAAAAACAAAUGGAAGGUUUAUUGAAAGAGAUUCAGAAAAUUGAAAGUAGUAAAAGAAAAGUAAAUUUCAAUGAAGAGGGUAGUGAUGAGAUUGAGGAUGCAAUUAACGAAGCAAUAACGCAAGAAGAACAACAAACUCCGAGUCAGUUACCAACUAAGCAGGUGAUUGGAGGCAAUCCCAAAAAGAAAGCAAAAACCAUUAUUCCUCCUAUGUUUGUACCAAGAACAACUCCAGAAAGUCAACCAAUUAUGAAAAGUGUGUUUCAAAACAAAGAGGCACUUCAUGAAGUUGAUAAGCGAGUGGAUAGAUGGCUUUUAGAUUGUAGGAUUCCUUUCUAUGCGGUUAUGUCACCAUUUUUUCAAGAUAUGUCUGAUGGUGUUGCUGGCAUUGGGCCUGGUUAUAAAGGUCCUUCUUAUGAUAAGCUGAUGGUUAACUUAUUAGCUGAUCUCAAAAGGGCGUGUCAAAUAGUUGUUGAUAGCUAUAGGUUUGCUUGGAAAGAAACUGGAUGUACCCUCAUGGCUGAUGGUUGGACAGAUCAAAGGCAAAGAACAUUGAUUAAUUUUUUGAUUAGACCUGAUAAUAUUGAUCAUGUAGUGACUGAUAAUGAGGCAAAUUAUGUUGCUGCUGGUAGGCUUAUUAAUAAGAAGUUCAAAAAUAUUCACUGGUCACCUUGUGCUUCUCAUUACUUGAAUCUUAUUCUAAAGGAUAUAAGCAGCAUGCCACAUAUUUCUAACUUUGCAACACGUGCUUCAAAGAUUACUGUGUUUGUGUAUAAUCAUACGGUGUUCUUGUCCUAG